AUAAAUGUAAAUUAAUAUCAGUAAUAAAAGAAAAAGCCCCUAAUAUUUUAUGCUGAUUGGAGACCAUGCUUAGCAUGGUCUUGAUUCAGUUUCUUGUGUACAAUUUCUUCUACUUAGUUUUACUUAUAGGUUUUUUACACUUCCACUUUGCCGGAAACUGAACGAAUACAGUUAAUAAAAAGUUCAUACACAGCAAUAAAAAUUACAUUGAAAAAACAAACAAAAAGAAACUAAAAUACAUUCCCCUUGUCUGAAGGAUGUAGAAAAUUAAAUUCAACCUUCAUAGGUAUGCAGACUGGUGACCUUGCUGCCCAAUGAAUGGUUGUGGUUCUUCUUUUUUUGUACUGUAUUGAUUUUUUUUCACAAAAUUUCACCAUAGCAUCAGGAUAUAGUGUUCAUAUGAGGUACUUUCUUGUUGAGGUUAUGAGGUUUAGCUGUAAUCCAGUGGACACCCCAAUGUCAGUAAUGCAGCUCCUUAGCCAACCAUUAUCUGCCAUGCAUCUUCAAAAGGUUGAACCUAACCCACCAACCUUUGCCACCCCAAACAAACUCACCAUAAUAGUACAAGGAGCCAAAAGUAAACAAGUUGUCCUUGUUUGUGAAUGGGAAAGUUCUACACUACCUUUGUUGUGUACAAAACGGUAAAGUUUGAAUUUGUAGACUUUGCUAAAUCCAUACAAGGUCAACGUUAGACACUCGUAUCUGGUUAAAUGUCCUUAAGCACAUUACACCCCAGCCGUCCACCUUUGAUAGGCAACAACAAAACUUGUUCUGUCUGGAUAUUUGUCAUCUUCUUGUUACGAAUAUAAGUUCAUUGAAAUCGGUUGGUAGCAAAAGAGACUUGACUAUUGCAAUUAUGCUUCAACAGCUUGUACAAGCCAACUCUUGACCUUUCCACUGAUGGGUCCUUAUCUUUGUGGCCAAACAGCUCAAUGUGUUUUGUUUGACCAUAACACUUUCUCUCUCUUUUGGCUUCUCAUUUCCGCCAAGUUUCAAGGUAUUGGCUUAGAAGUAGAAGUGUUUUUCCUGACCAGUGGCCUCGCAGUCUGUGCUGAUGUAAACUGGCUUGUACUGUGGACGCUGGUGUUUCAGUGGUUUCCAGCUAAUGGGUUGUGCUCUAAUAUCUCCUGAACAGCUGAACCAAUUUUUCAGGUCAUACGGAAUGAAGGUAAACAAAUGAAGACGGUUAGGUAAUUUGUGUAAAACUACCAGGAAAAUGUUUUCGUUUUGAAGGAAGUCUUUUGAAGCUGGCAUAGCAUCUUUGAAUUGAUUAAUAAUAAUAUUAAUGAAAAAUCACCUGCUGACAUUAAAUAAAAUCUAACUGAAAAUGAUGGUAAAGUGGAAUGAAACUGAUCACACAGAUGAGUGUUGGUCGUUUAUUUUCGGUCUGGUAGACACUUAAGUGGAAAAAGCUGACUUUUUUUUAUCACAGUUGUACAUGACGCUUAAACUAAUACGUAGAGUACGGUUAACACCCGGUCGAUUAAAGAAACGGCGUUUUGGAACCUGACGAUUAAUUGCGAGUUAACGGGAUCGGUUGUAGAAACUCGGCGAUUUAUUUUGGAAAGCUGCAUCCGGAAGUCAGAGAUUAGGUCCCAACAUGACAGCGGAGCUAUCAGAGUAGUGUGUUCCUGGAAAGUGAGUGGAUAUUUAUUUCAUUAAGGGCUCUUUUCUUCCCCCGCUCCGCCACAAUUCCUGUGAAAGGGAGGCGCUGUUGAUGGAGACGCAGGCUGGGAUGAAAUCCUAGCUGAAUGUUUGAAAACGCAGAGAUUCUCCCCGUCCGGUUGUUAUGGAGCAGCCACCUGGGACCUUGGAUGAUCUACAGCAUCAAGGUGCCUCUUCCCCCGCUCGCUCCAGCAUAAUUGACUUGACCAGGAAAGACGACGAAAACCUCCUCGCAUCGCCAUCUCUGGAUGCCUUGCGGAGGGUCAAGAGCUCUGGCUGGGGUCCCAACUCUGAAUCUGCCAUCCCCGGGUUACAGUUGUCAGAGCCCGGCUCCUCAGAUGUCACAGUUCGACCAGAGGAUCAAAUUCAGCCAGACAAUGCCUUAUCCAACACUACAGUCACCCUGUCCUACGUGAACAGGUCUCAUGUCUUCUCCACUCUCAGCUCUCCUCUGUAUAGUGUGUCGCCUGUCAGCAAGUCUUCCUUCCACCCUCAAUGCAACACUGACAACGGAUUUGAGGAGACCAGCUAUGCACUGAACCAGCAUUUCCUGGAACAGGAUAAGGAACCUGUUAACCUCGUCACACAUGCAGAACUGUUCCCCUCGCUUUCUCAAUCUCAAGUGGGACCACCGGAUAGUGCUAGAGAAUACAACGUGAAAGAGCCUCCAAAGUUUAAUGGAGAAGUCAUUUCCAGGGAUGGAUGUAAUAAAAAGCUACCGGCAGAAGAAAAACACAGCAUUCUUUUUGAAAGUAGAAAUUGUGUAGAGAACGGUCGGCAUGACGGUUGGUCAGAAACUCUCUGGGAUGAGGAUGAGGACAGAGGGACAUCCGAUGUGCUUUUCAUUGGGGCUAUGAAACAGGACCAAGAGGUCUCCAAAAGAGGCAGUUCCACAGAUGUGCGUUCAGUGAGCAGGGAAUACAAGAGCCCUUUGGAGGAUCCCGUCUCCCCACCCUCUACCCCAGUAGACAAUGUGGAGGAUGUGUUCCUCCUUCCUCAGGCCUCCAACUCACCCAGCGCAGAUGACUUUUAUUUAGAGGCUGCCAAUAAUGCUGUGCAUGACACCUUGAGUUCAGACAGAACCACUCGGGCAAGCUCUGCUGUCAACGAUGGCCCAACAAGGUUAGAGUCACAUGAUGAAAGUAAAUCCCAGAGACGGAAGGCUGUUUUGGAGCCUUUGAUUGACUUGGCUGAUGAUUCCUGUCUGAAUCCGGAGAACAAAACCAGUUGUGCCAUUCGUCACGUUAAUGGGAGUGCAAAUGUGCUGGAGAGGACGAUAAAAGAAAGGAAACUGCCCAUGCGUUCUGGAAGAGGGACUCGACUGGAAGCAAUAGUCAUGAAUAUAAAUUCAAGUUGCUAUAAAGUGUCCAGCAGCAUACAUGCCAAGAAGAAACCCAGUGCCUCUCAGUCAGUAACACACACUUCUGCCUUGCCCAGAUCCAAGAGGAAAGUGGUGGAAGGUAAGGCAAAGGCUGCAUUCUUGCCGAGAACCGUCAAAAGAAAAGCUGUGAACUUGAAAAAAAGUAAACCCAGCAGCGUCGACGCUCAAAGUUACAAUGACUCUACCUCUGUUUCUGAACCCCUCAACAAGACCGAAACGUCAGACACACCUGCUAAAAGACCUCGAUUUGCGAGACCAAGCAGAAAACCAGCACGGCCAUCUCGGAGUAGGCAUGUGAAGUCCAAGACGAAACCCCUUUCUCAGUCAAGUGCCCAGUUCCCCACACAUAAGAACUUGAAGAAGAAGCCAGAGUUGGUUACUGUCCCCGAACCCUCAGUGGAAGUUACUGCAUCAAAGGUGUUGCCCAUUCGUCCUCCACCAAAAUCUCCAAAGAACAACCAGGUUGACCCGAAAAGCAAAACAUCAUCUCCCACCAAGAAGACAAAGACACCCCCAAAACGGAGACGAAAGAAACCCAGGUGCAGCCAACCUUCCUCCAUGUUCUCCCCAAAGGAGCCUGAGAUCAAGCUCAAGUACAUCACCUACAAAGAAGAAAAGAAAGAUGUCAGGUUGGACAGUUUCUCUCCUUUUGUCCGUGUCAAGCGACAACAGUCAUCCCCUGCUCUGUGCACAACAGUGAAUUACCCCGAGGAGGUGAAGACAGAACCCAAACAGCAGCAGCAAGGUCACUCCAGUUGCUUUGUCUCAGCCGUUGUACCCACCACUUCCUGUCUGUAUCUGGGACGAUUGUCCACACAUGGCCAACAUCAGCGUGCUCUCGUCUGCUGUCUGUGCGGCCGCUCGGCCAACUCCAUCGACCUGGGGGAUCUCCACGGACCCUAUUACCCCGAGGGGUACCGGCCGAACACCAAAGCACCGGCCAACGUAUCGGGUCUGAAAGAAGAUGAGGAAGACUCCAGCUACUCCGACUCUUCCUCCAACACUACGAGAGCCCGACGCUGGGCAGCUCCGCUAAAGCAGAAGGGCCUUUUGGGGAGCCGCAAGUGGUCCAGUGGUAGGAUCAGCAGUCCCGCAGCCAAGCGGGCGAGAUCGGACGGCGGACUUGCGGAUGCAAAGGACUGGUACAGCCCGCCCGUUCUCCCCGUGGAGCCAUGCGAAUAUUGGCUCCACGAGGAUUGUGGCAUCUGGUCCGCAGGCGUGUUCCUUGUCAGGGGCAAAGUUUACGGGCUGGAGGAAGCCGUCAAGGUGGCCCAAGAGACGAUGUGUUCGGCAUGCCACAAUCCGGGAGCAACUCUGGGCUGUUUCUUCAAAGGCUGUCCUAACAAAUACCACUACAGGUGUGCUCUGGAGUCAGACUGUGUGCUCGUCGAAGACAAUUUCUCCAUGAAGUGUAAGAAGCACAAGAACAAAACGCUGAAAGCGCCUCCGGGGAGCCGACGGGACGACAGGUGACAGAUUACAUGGACCGCAAUCCUGCAGGAAUCCGCUGGUAACCAUGACGAUGCCAGACCAGGGUCACCCCGCCCCCCAUCCCCCCCCUCC